CGCCGAGCCGAUCAGCAGUACGGUGCUCGCUGGAUGCGACUGUUUCGCGUUAGUGAUGAUCAAAACGAGUUGUCGUCGUCGUUGUUUGUGGCAUUUCGCGAAGUCGAAGAAGCCGUGAUCCGUGAUCAAAAGCUCGAGACGGAGAAGAGGCCGAGGACACGCAUCGUCUCUCGUUGCCGCGGCCACGGAUGCAUAUGGAGAGUUACUCUCAUGCGUCAGAAAUAAUACAGCAGGAAGCGUGUCCACCAGUUGUGUCACACAGACUGCUAAUUCUGCGCGCUACCAUAAACCUGAAAAGUGAAGUAGUACCGUUAUUGCAAGGCCACGACGAAUCAUUGUUUCGAUUGACUCAAGCUGGAAAAAAAAAAGAGAGCAAGUGGAACGGAAAGAAAGAGAGAGAGAGAGAGAGGGGGAACGUAAACGAAGAAGAAAAGGACGCGACGAAGAAGGAUUGAGGAAGAAAAAAAAAGGAUUAAAACCGCAGAAGUCGUCUGGUGUCUAAAUUCAAAUAAGAGGUGUCCCCGAACCGGCGCUGUCUGAACCAGCUCAACAGCUGAUCGGAGUACGAAGCGGCGGUGAACGGGGCCACUAUUGCACCACCACCCCGCGAUUUCGAGAAAUUCGUUGUAUCAAUCGGGUUGUUAACGGCCAGACGUUGUUCCCACGAACGAGAGGAGGAGAAGAAGAGGACGACGACGACGACGACGAGCAGCAGGGGGGAAAAGUGGCGUUUUGACACUUGAUAAAACGAGGGAAGAAAAUCAACGACGACGACGACGACGAAGACGAAGACGACGAAGACGAAGACGAAGACGACGACGACGACGACGACGACGACGACGACGACGACGAAGACGAAGAAGAAGAAAACAAGGGCGAAGUUUCCUUUGCUUGCUUGGACACGCCAUCAUGGUCAAAACUUUUCAAGCAUACCUGCCCUCGUGUCACCGCACUUACUCGUGCAUUCACUGCCGUGCUCACCUCGCCAACCACGACGAACUCAUCUCUAAGUCCUUCCAGGGCAGUCAAGGUCGUGCCUAUCUCUUUAAUUCCGUGGUGAACGUGGGCUGUGGUCCUGCGGAAGAGCGAGUUCUCUUAACUGGCCUUCAUGCUGUGGCUGAUAUUUAUUGCGAAUGUUGCAAGACCACCCUUGGGUGGAAAUACGAGCAUGCGUUCGAGUCGAGUCAAAAAUAUAAAGAAGGAAAGUUUAUAAUCGAGCUUGCUCAUAUGAUCAAGGAGAAUGGAUGGGAAUAGAUUGAGUUGGGGGUAAUCUGAUAAGCAAAAAAGAAAGAGAAUAACCUCUAUAAAAAUAUAUAUACGAGGCCCGUUCAAAACUUUUCCUGAUAUAAGAAUAAUGCCUACAAUGUUGUUCUAAUUGCAAUGUGCGGCCCCCCUCUCCUCUGUCAAACCACCAACGAAAGUCUGUGAUUUCAUUUGUGAUUUGUAAUCUUAGUAACUUUUUAUGUUUCGGACAAUUCGACGCUGUUUUUCGUUCUUUCCGAUCGAUUCAUCAUACAAGCGAUGACACUGGUGAUCCGCGGCGUCGCGGAUCGAUCAUACAAGGAAGUAUUGUAAAGAAAAAAGAAAGAAAGAAAGAAAGAAAGAAAAAAUUAUUUUUCAACAAGCUAAAAAAAAAAAAAGAAAAAGAAAAAAGACGGGAAACAAGAAAGAAAGAAAAAAAAACGUAUAAUAGAUAUAUAUAAGGGAUAAGGAAAAAAAAAAAAAGAAAAGAAAAGAGAGAGAAAAAAUGAUAAUGAUGAUAAUAAGCGAUGGUGAAUACGAUGACGAAGGUGCCAUGGUGGAAGUAAAAAUAGAGAAUCGCUCUGUUCGAACAAUGGGGUGCCCCCCUAAUUUUAAUUCAUUAUCUUUCUAGACAUUUUAUCGUGAAUGUCGCAAUGAUAAAUAUUAAAAAUUAACGCGUGGGGCACCCCGAUGAAAAAAAUCAAGUUUUUUAAUCCGUUAUUGCACCGGAGCAGCGCAAGUGCCACGGACUUUGCUGGACUGACUGCCUGCCCGCCGCGUCUAUCAUUGGAAUUUCACUGCCGAUAUUCCUAAUAUUAAUUAAGAUGACUGUGCCGCAUAGUAGGCGACGCAGCUGGUAGUUUUUAGAAUAGCUUACAAGUAUAGCAUACUAAAGCCUAUGUUAAAAUAUUAUAGGACCUCAUGGAUAUAGAAAAUAAGGAUGGUGUGAAACGGUAAUUGAGAGAAUGGAAGACGGUGUGAAUGUCUUACACAUGUAUGCUGUGUGCAAGAGAAAAAAAAAAAAAAAAAAAAAAAGUGAAGAAAGAAAAAGGUUUGGUUAAUUGUAUCGUGUGUACAUGUUUGAUUUUAUGUUCACCAUGCCUGCCAAACUGUCUGUUUAUCUGCCAGUCGCCAUUACUGUUAGUGGAGAGAGAAAAAAAAAAAAAAAAAAAAAAAAAAAAGAAGUAACGUAUUCUAACAUGUUCACGUUUUUUGUCGGCUCUGCAAGGUGUGGUAUGACUGAAUCCUUUUUGUCGUGAAUAAAAAAUAUUAUUGGACUGCGCCUUCUUAUGCACGCACUAUAGAAUAUAUAAUAUUGAAGAAAGAAAAAAAAAUGAGAAAAAAGAGUUUAAAAAGAAAACAAAUUAAUUGCUCAUUAUUUUUAAUAUCGAUCUCAUUUGUAAAUAUUAAAUAGAGUUCAGUGACAUCGCAGAUCACUAUUUUACUCGAAGCCCAAAUGUAUGAUUGAUUUUCGUCGGUCAUUAAAUGAAAAAAAAUUUUAUUACAAUACUGAUUUAUCAUUUUCACGCUAAACCAUUAUAUAAUGACGUAGCGAUAUUUUAAUAUAAUUAAUUUUUUUUUUUUUUUAUUAGGACAUCAUAUUUUUGAGACUGUUUGUGUAAAUGAAAUGGUGUAAACUAAUUUUUAGGCGGCUUUUAAUGUUACCUUCGUUAUUUUUUUCUUUUCAAUUUUGAAACGAAAAUAAAAUUGAAAUUAUUUAUUUUAAGCAUGGAGAUCACAACAUUUGUGACACGUAUCGAUAAUUGAAUUUUAAAAUUAAAAUAAAAAAUAUUCAUUAUUUUUUUUUUUUUUUUGUUUUACAUCAAAACGAAGGUAGCAAAAUGUGCAGGCGUGAAAAACAUUUAAUUUCUAUUUUUUAAUAACGAUAAAUAUAUCAAGAAAAAUAUAAUUGUGAGAUAAAUGUACAAAAAAUUGGUCAUUUCUCAUACUUAGAUUUAUUGAAAAAGUGCAAAUUGAGUAAUGGAUAUAAAAAUUUGGUGGGGUAAUUAUUAGAAUAUCUAAGGAAAGUCAUAUUUAUCAUUUAAAAUUGCAUACAUAUGAAAGUGCAGUGUGAAUAUUUAGAAACGUAAUGGAU